AUGGGAAUAACCAAGUUGAAAGUAUUCGGCGAUUCCGCCCUAAUCAUUCUCCAAACUGUAGGGGAGUGGAAGAUGAGGGACACCAAACUAGUGCCGUACCACGAAUGCCUCAAAGAAAUCAUGGAGGAAUUCGAGGGCAUCUCCUUUGAGUACUUGUCGAGGUCUCACAAUCAGUUCGUUGAUGCACUAGCUACGUUUUCGUUCCUGUUGCAAGUGACUGGUGGAGUAGAAGUAGAACCUCUGAAGAUUGAAGUCCUGAUGAAACUGGCCUACUGUAUGGUCGUGACUGAAGAACCUGACGGAAAGCAAUGGUACUACGACAUCAUAAGGUACAUCCAAAGACAAGAAUUUCCCGAAGGAACCAUCCCAACUGACAGGAAGUACAUAAUGAAAAUGGCUUCAUAA